AACAAACAAAACAAAAUGCCAAAGAGAGUGACAGGAGAGAACAUUAGGGUUUAAGAGAGGGUUGUAAUACCUCAGAUGCUCUUAAACAUAUUUGUAGUUCAAAACAUUUUUAUUUCUUAUCUUCAUCAAAUAAUAAAUUUAAGAAGAAGAAUCAAAGAAGCAAGUUCAAGCACCAACCAGCUUUAAAGCAUCUAUUAUCUCCCUACCUAAAAAGGAAAGUUAAAAAAAAAAAAAAUCGUUUACUUUCUUCUUUGCCCAAGAGUUUAGAGUUUGAUUGUGUUUGAAUCUUGCAACACACCAAUCCUGUUUCAGAUAAGUUUGAUCUGAUCAUAAGAAGAAGAAGGGGAGACUUAACUAUGGCAACUUAUUACAAAAGUAAUGGCUCAAGUGACAUUUAUUCCAGACCAAAUGCAUCCGAGUUUGUCCCUGAAAACGCAAUGAUCUACACGAAUCCUUCGGUUUCUUACUUUCCCGGAGAAGCUAACAAUGUCUCAGCUCCAAAAGAGAUUCAAGUACUGUCUAGUUUUUUCGGUGGAGGAGCUUCACAAGUGGUGGAGAUUCAAGAUUCUGGUUCUUGGAGAGAUCAAGAAGACAAUGACAGGACCUGCUUCCCGGUGAUGAUGCGUCCCACCACGGGACAGGGACUCUCCCUUGGCCUCAGCUCUCAGACUGAGACAUCGAGAGGCGGUAACAAUGAGUACGCAACACAAGUUGUUUCGGGCUUUCAUAACUCAAAGUAUCUCAAGGCUGCUCAAGAGCUUCUGGAUGAAGCUGUUAAUGUUAAGAAAGCUUUGAAGCAGUUUCAGCCAGAGGGAGACAAGAUUGAAGAACACAGAGAGAAGAAUCUUCAAGAAUCAAGCAUGAACCCUGACUUACCUCCGUCAGAGAGACAAGAACUGCAGAACAAACUUUCUAAACUCUUAUCUAUAUUAGACGAGGUGGACAGAAGAUACAAGCAGUAUUACCAUCAGAUGCAGAUAGUGGUGUCAUCUUUCGAUGUAAUAGCCGGAUACGGAGCAGCGAAGCCAUACACGGCCCUUGCGCUUCAGACGAUCUCAAGGCAUUUCCGUUGCCUAAGGGAUGCAAUAUCAGGACAAAUCUUGGUGAUAAGGAGAAGUUUAGGUGGGGAAGUAGAUGGACUAGGAGGAGGAGGAGUUGGUAUAAGUAGGUUAAGGAACGUUGAUCAACAGGUAAGGCAACAGAGAGCGUUGCAGAGGUUAGGCGUGAUGCAACCACCUCACGCUUGGAGGCCUCAACGCGGUCUACCUGAUUCCUCUGUUUUGAUACUCCGUGCUUGGCUCUUUGAGCAUUUCCUCCACCCUUAUCCAAAGGAUUCGGACAAGAUCAUGCUAGCUAGACAAACAGGGUUGAGCAGAGGCCAGGUGUCGAACUGGUUUAUAAACGCACGUGUGCGUCUCUGGAAACCGAUGGUGGAGGAGAUGUACAAGGAAGAGUUCACAGACGCAUUGGAGGAGAAUGCUACCACCUUGUCUUCUGUAAACAACAGACCAGAAACCACCGAGUCUCAAGAACAGCAUCAACUCGUGUCUAGUUCCAGCAACGGUGGUGGUGACGACCGGUUCAUGAUGGUCACCGAAAUGACAAGAAAUGGUAGUGGUGGGAUGUCUUUAACAUUAGGCAUUCCGGACACACGCGGCAACGACGUACCUAUGUCCGGCGACAGCUACGAGAACAGCAUCCAGGGAACCAGUUUCCAGUAUUUAAACUCAGGCAACGGCCAGCACCGACUUGGCUCGGCACAAUUCUUGCAGGAUUUUGUAGCUUGAUGAAAAAUACAAUAGAGAGGGUGUAGUAAUAAUUAUAUUCUUUUUGUGAAAGUAAACCAUCAGAUGGAAUUAACGAGGACAACUAGCA